CUUUAACAAGAAAAGGUGCAUUAGUGCUUCUUCGCCAUGUAUCGGUUAGUUUGGUUUUUUGUAAUGUCGUUACUUGCUUUAGCAAUGCAAGUGAGAAGUGAUAGUAACGUAGUACUUUCAACAACGCAAUCGUCAGUGGAGGUUCUAAAACAUGAUGGGCAAGAGAAACAACAAGAUACAAAAGAGCAACAGCAACAAGAUACACAAUCCUUGGUAAAGGAUGAUGAGCACGUCAAUCAGACUGUUGCUCUUUUGACCAAUAUACAGCAAGAGAUGGAACAGAAGCGUACACAAUCCGAAAAGGCGAUUGCAGACAAUCGUGCGAUACAGCAGCAGACCAUCAUUUUAUUGGUUGAGAUGCAGCAAAACAUCCAAAAUCAUCGCGAGGAGGUGGCAAAAGAUCGGGUGCAGGUUUCGGAAUGGCAGGAAUUGAUCACAAGAAAUCAAAUUGCAACAACCAAUAUUUUGAAGGAAUAUCUGCAGAAUAUAUCGAUAAAUCAAGUUACUCAAAACCAAGCCAUUGAUGUGCUGAAUAAUUUACAGCCAGAGACUCAACUGCAAAACAAAAAUGAAACAAACUUGCACACAGAACCCCAACAGGCAGUCGUAGAGAAGCAAAACGUAACGUUGUCGGGCAGCUUGCCGCGAAUUCUGUCCGACCUAAAGUCAGAAAUGUCCAAGCAACGAGAACUAAUAACAGAAAAUCGUAACGUGUUUGAAUCGCGGAUCGAACAAUUAAAACGCGAUAAUGAGAAGUUGCGUAGCGCAUUAUUGGAGGUUCAAUUGAGUUCAUAUCGGUCCUGUAAAGACGUGCCGAUGAAAGUAUCGGGAAAGUACAAUAUCCGUGGAAGUGAUAAAUUUUCAUCGUUUGUAGCAUAUUGUGAGCAACAGACGUUUGGCGGAGGGUGGAUGGUCAUUCAACAUCGUUUCGACGGAUCGCUUAGCUUCGAUCGCAACUGGAGUGCCUAUCGAAGUGGGUUUGGUGACGUCGACGGUGAACAUUGGUUGGGCCUCGAGCGAAUUCAUCAAUUCACGAGGGAACAUGAUUGCGAGCUGUUGGUCGAGUUGAAGGACUUCUACAACAACUCCAAGCACGCAAGAUACUCCUUGUUUCGCAUAGCUAGCGAAUCUCUGCAGUAUGGCAUCUUAAGUCUGGGCGAUUAUAGCGGAACGGCGGGUGAUUCACUAUCAUCCCACAUCCGAAUCUUGUUUUCAACCCCAGACAGGGAUCACGAUUAUGAUAACGAGAAUCAUUGUGCAGAAUACUAUUAUGGAGGAUGGUGGUUUUACAACUGCUUUCAUGCGUAUCUGAACGGGGAAUAUCAAAAUGCUAGCGGAAACAGUGUAAGCAGGAUCGCAUGGGACGAUUUUGACACCGAUCAGCGCAGCCUCAGCUAUUCCCGAAUGAUGAUACGUCCAAUUAACUAGCAAAUUACUAAAAGGAAUCACUAAGCGUAUGGCUCGUCCGUCAUCAUGUAAAAAUAAAAAAAAAACGAAUCAACAUGCUUUGUAAAGGGAUAUGACGAUCUAUGAAAUGAUUUUGGAACAACAAAAAUGUUACUUUGUUGUUUUAAUUGAUAUAAAAACCAGUGCUUCGAAAUUUGAAAUAAAUAAUUAU